CUCACUACUGCCUCUUGCCUCUGUCGCUGUUGAGCAGAACAAACUUAGAGAGCAACUGUGUGUGUGUGUGUGAGAGAGAGAGAGAGAGAGAGAUUUGGCCGGAAGAUGGCUCAGAGCUCCAGAAGAAGCAAAUGGGUAUCUCUGUUGAUGCUUCUCUUUGCUCAUUUGGCUUCCACAAUCAUAGCAGAAGAUGGCCUUGUAACGAACGGUGAUUUUGAGACGCCUCCAUCGAACGGGUUCCCAAGCGAGGCCGUAGGGGGCGGGUCCGUGGAAAUCCCAAGCUGGAAAUCCAAGGGCAUGGUUGAGCUGGUGGAAGCGGGGCAAAAACAGGGUGGGAUGAUCCUCAUCAUACCGCAAGGUAGACACGCGGUGAGGCUGGGCAACGACGCGGAGAUCAGCCAGGAUUUGAAGGUGGAGAAGGGGUUUACAUACUCGAUCACGUUCAGUGCGGCUCGCACGUGCGCACAGCUGGAGUCACUGAACGUGUCAGUGACACCAGCAUCGCAGACGAUAGACCUGCAGACGCUGUACAACGUGCAGGGGUGGGACCCCUACGCGUGGGCUUUCGAGGCGGAGGUGGAUGAUGUGAGUUUGGCUUUUAGGAACCCGGGCAUGGAGGAUGACCCCUCUUGUGGGCCCAUCAUUGAUGAUAUUGCAAUAAAAAAGCUUUUCACCCCCGAUCGACCCAAAGACAAUGCGGCUACCAAUGGCGAUUUUGAAGAAGGCCCAUGGAUGGUAAGAAACGCCUCACUCGGCGUCUUGCUCCCCACCAACCUCGACGAAGAAAUAUCCUCAUUACCGGGCUGGAACGUUGAAUCUAACAGGGCCGUCCGCUACAUUGACUCCGACCACUACACCGUCCCACAAGGCAGGCGGGCAGUGGAAUUGCUCUCAGGCAAGGAAGGCAUAAUUUCCCAAAUGGUCGAAACAGCACCAGACAAAGAUUACACCUUGACCUUUUCCUUGGGGCAAGCCGGAGACAAAUGCAAGCAGCCGCUUGCCGUCAUGGCCCACGCCGGAGACCAGGCCCUAAACAUCCACUACACGCCGGAUUCCAACUCUACCUUUCAGAGCGCUAAUCUGAACUUCACGGCCAAGGCGGAGAGGACCCGGAUUGCGUUCUACAGCGUGUAUUACAACACGAGAAGCGAUGACAUGAGCUCGCUCUGUGGGCCGGUGGUGGACGACGUGAGGGUGUGGUUUUCUGGGUGUAAUCGAAAUGGGUUUGGAGGAUUAAGGUUGGGGGUUGGGUUUGGUUUUUUGUUGUUUGUUUUCGCCAUGGUUUAGGGCUGUUAAGGAAGGAAUGUGUUGCUUUAACGUGUAUGGUAUUAGGUAAAACCUAUAUACCUAAUACGCUUGCCUAUGUAUUAUUAUGUGUUGCUUUAGUUGUUAUCCAAAAUGAGUGUCUUAUUAAGUUUCA